CGUAUAUUAUUCCUUGUCACGUCGUUCGCUGCUGCCAUUUAUGUGUAUGUAAAUCUUUUUUCGAAUAUCAUAUAUGUAAAAAUAGAUGCAUUGAAGGCUGGCAGAAAAAUCGACGAUAUUAAACGCAUUUACUCGAGAGACCUGCUGGUUACAAAACGAAUCUGGACAAGUGAAGGAGAGAACUGCCAUCCGCACGGUUUUCGCUGCAGCUUAGCCAGGGAGUAAGAUAGCUGAAAAGCGUGGAUUGGUUUAUUGUUUUCUGACAGUCUUAAAUCACCAUGCAAAACUACACGAAGGAAGUGAAGCAGUUCGUAGAGGAUCAUGCUACAGGAAUUACUCUUGCCGUCGCCGCAGGUGUGGGGCUGGUGGCUCUACGCAGGUGGAUCGCAGGGGGCGUGUGCCGUAGCAAGGCCCGACUGGACGGGAAGACGGUGCUGAUCACAGGGGCCAACACCGGGAUCGGGAAGGAGACUGCCGUGGAUCUGGCCACCAGAGGGGCGAGGGUUAUCCUGGCCUGCAGAGACAUGUCCAGGGCCAACGCAGCCGCAGGCGAGAUCCGUCAGAGGAGCGGGAACGGGAACGUGGUGGUCAAGAUGCUGGACUUGGCCUCGCUGCAGUCAGUCAGAAACCUGGCGAAGGACAUCCUGGAGAACGAAGAGAGACUGGACAUCCUCAUUAAUAAUGCAGGUGUCAUGAUGUGUCCCAAGUGGAGGACAGAAGACGGCUUCGAGAUGCAGUUUGGCGUGAACCAUCUGGGCCACUUUCUGUUGACCAACUGCCUCCUGGACCUGCUAAAGAGGUCCACCCCGAGCCGCAUCAUCAACGUCUCCAGCCUGGCUCAUGAGAAAGGGGAGAUCCACUUUGAUGACAUAAACCUUGACAAAGACUACUGCCCUCAGAAGAGCUAUCGGCAGAGCAAGCUUGCCAACGUGCUUUUCAGCCAGGAGCUGGCAGCACAUCUGGAAGGUACCGGAGUGACAGUCUAUAGCCUGCAUCCGGGGGUCAUUCGCACAGAGCUGGGCCGCCACUUCUGGCCCAUGAUCCCUCUAUGGAAGAGGAUUAUCUUCCAGCCUUUGCUGCUGCUGAUCAAGUCCCCCUGGGAGGGCGCUCAGACCACCAUCUACUGUGCUGUGGAGGAGAGCCUGGAGAAGACCAGCGGCCUCUACUACAGCGACUGCGCCCCAAAAGAAGCCGCGCCCCAGGCUCGCGACGCUGCCACCGCGAAGAAGCUCUGGGAUGUCAGCGCGUCCAUGGUUGGCCUGGCCUGAUCCGGCAUCUGUGACUCACCCUACCCACAAUGCACUUCUCCAGACGGGAACAUAUGCAUUUGCUUCUCAGCUCUGCUGCUGCCUUAAUCAUGAGCCUUUAUUUGCACUCUGCUUAGAAUGACGCAGUCUCUGGUGAGCCCUUUCCAGGAGGCUGUGAAGUGAUAACUUUCAC